GUUCUUUUUAUAUUCUGGAUGUUAAACCCCUAUCAGAUAUGCUUUGCAAAUAUUUUCUCCCCUUUCCUAGGCUCCGUUUUCACUCUACUGAGAGUGCCCUUUUAUGCACAAUGGUCUUUAAUUCUGAUGGAGUCUAAUUCAUCUAUUUUGUUGUUGUUCUUGUGUUUUCUGUGCGACAGCAAACUACUGCCAAAUCUAAUGUCUUGAAGAUUUCCCCUGUGUUUUCUUCUGAGUGUUUUGUAGUUUUAGCUUUUAUGUUUAGGUCGUUGAUGAUCUGUUUUGGGUUGAUUUUCGUAUAUGGUGUGAGGUGACCCAGCUUUAUUGUUUUGCGUGUGGGUGUCCAGUUUCCCAGCAUCAUUUGUUGAAAAGACUUCCUAUUCCUCACUGAACGGUCGUGGUGCCCUUAUCAGAAAACCAAUUGGUCUCUACGUGAGGGCGCAACAGCAUUUUGUAUGUGUGUUCCAAUUUGGUUUUCUAAAAAGAUUUGUGAAAGGUAAAAUAAACUUUAUUUUUUUGGUGUGCAGUCCUGUGAGUCUAACACAUGUACGCGUAUCCACCCCCACGGUCAGAACACACAACAGCUCCGUCCCCGCCUCCCCUGUGCUGCCCUUUGAUGUGCACGUCCUCGUCCCCAGCCCCUGGCAGCCCCUGAUUUUCCCCUUCAUGUCAUGUAAAUGGACCCGCAGUGCAGCACCCACUCAGCAGAGUUCUUCAGAGGUUCCUCCAGGUUUGCUUUUUCCUCUCCGAGUCUGUUCUGUUGUAUGGGUGGGCCAGAGUUUGUCCUCUCAUCCCCUGCAGGUCAUUUGGAUGGUUUCUAGUUCCUGAUGAUUAGGAAUAAAGCUGCCAUAAAAAUGUGUGUGCAGGUUUUUUUGAGUAAAUGUGUUUUCAUUUCUCUCAGGUAAAUAGUCAGGAGUGGGGUUGUUGGGUCACGUGGUAAGAGUAUAUUUAAUUUGAUAAGAAACUUCCAGACACUUCCAGGGUGGCUUUGUGGGUUUUUGUCUAUUUCCCCAGACUAGAGACAAGGCUUGUCUGUAAGUACCAGCUGUGCACAGCUCGGGGACGUGGGCUGCUUCUGUGUUCCGGCCAGGGGACAGGGACAGGUGACAACCGGGAGGCUCACCCCCUGGGUCUCAUGCAGUUCUGCCUCCUUCCCGCCCCUGCUGUGGCCACGGGUGGCAGGCUGUGUGCCCUGCUCGGGGCACUCAACUCUCUCAGCAAACAAGACCGGCAGGAUGUGCUCACUGCGUCCUCGCCAGAACGAGCAGCCUAGGAAUAGCCCGUCUCUUGCUGUCAUUUCGGUCAAAAAUUCUGGGACUGAAAGAUGGAUCUUUGGUGAUACUUGGAGACAUGUAUGCUGCGAGCUCUUGUGCAGACGCGGGACCAUCUGUGACCUGUACCCUGCCUUGUCUCCUCCAGGACUUCGGACCCUGGGGAGUGACACUUAGUUCUGGGCAUCCUCCUCAGUGGAGCCAUGGCGACCCCGGAUGUGAGUGUCCACAUGGAGGAGGUGGUGGUGGUGACAACACCUGACACCGCAGUGGACGGCAGCGGCGUGGAGGAGGUGAAGACGGUGCUGGUGACGACCAACUUGGCUGCUCACGGGGGCGACCUGACUGAAGAUAACAUGGACACGGAGAACGCGGCUGCAGCUGCAGCAGCUGCGUUCACAGCGUCCUCGCAGCUCAAGGAGGCCGUGUUAGUGAAGAUGGCCGAAGAGGAGGAGAACCUGGAGGCUGAAAUUGUGUACCCCAUCACCUGCGGGGAGAGCAGAGCCAACCUGAUCUGGAGAAAGUUUGUGUGCCCUGGCAUCAACGUGAAGUGUGUUCAGUAUGACCAGCAUGUCAUCAGCCCGAAGGAGUUCGUGCACCUGGCGGGCAAGUCCACCCUGAAGGACUGGAAGAGAGCCAUCCGUAUGAAUGGCAUCAUGCUCAGGAAGAUCAUGGACUCCGGGGAGCUGGACUUCUACCAGCACGACAAGGUGUGCUCUAACACCUGCCGCAGCACUAAAAUCGACCUCUCGGGAGCCCGCGUGUCCCUCAGCAGCCCCACGGCGGCCGAAUACCUCCCGCUCACGCCCGCCACGGCCGACGUGAACGGCUCUCCCGCUACCAUCACCAUAGAGACCUGCGAGGACCCCGGGGACUGGAGCACGGCCAUUGGAGACGACACGUUCGCCUUCUGGCGAGGGCUCAAGGACGCCGGCCUACUGGACGAGGUCAUCCAGGAGUUCCACCAGGAGCUGAUGGAGACCAUGAAGGGCCUGCAGCAGCGAGUCCAGGACCCUCCCCUGCAGCUCCGAGACGCCGUCCUGCUCAACAACAUCGUGCAGAACUUUGGCAUGCUGGACCUGGUGAAGAAGGUGCUGGCCGGCCACAAGUGCCAGAUGGACCGCUCGAGGGAGCAGUACGCCCGCGACCUGGCAGCCCUGGAACAACAGUGUGAUGAGCACCGCCGACGGGCCAAGGAGCUCAAGCACAAGUCGCAGCACCUCAGCAACGUGCUCAUGACACUGACACCCAUGCCCCUGCCGCCCCCCAUGAAACGACCGCGGCUCGCCAGGGCCACGUCCGGCCCAGCCGCCAUCGCCCUCAGCCCGGGGCUGCCGGUCCCCCAGCUGACCAGCGUGCCGCUUGGCAAAGUGGUGUCCGCCCUGCCCACCCCCAUGCUGGGCAAGGGCUCCCCGCAGGCUGCUCCCGCCAGCUCCCCGGCCUCACCCCUGCUCGGGGGCUACACGGUGUUGGCUUCGUCGGGCGCCAGCUUCCCCAGCACGGUGGAGAUCCACCCGGACGCUUCCAGCCUCACGGUCCUGAGCACGGCCGCCAUGCAGGACGGCAGCACUGUGGUCAAGGUGGUCAGCCCCCUGCAGCUGCUCACGCUGCCCGGCCUGGGCCCCACCCUCCAGAACGUGGCCCAGGUGUCCCCCGGAGGCAGCACCAUUGUGACAGUGCCCACAGGGGCCAUGGAGAGCACUGUGGCCGCCCCAGGACCCGAGGAGCAUUCAGCCACCAUUGAGGUGGCCGCCAUGGCAGAGGGCCAUGUGCACAAGUAGCCGCUGGCGGAGGGAGAGGCUCCUCGCGGGCUCAGGACCGGCCGCCUCUCAGGCCGCGGCCCGUGGGAGCACGGUGCCGGCGCCCGGCGGUCCCGUGGGGCUGCUGAACCAAAGAGAGGAAACGCCAAACAGACCGAGAGGAGAGGGAUCGAAGGUGACAGCAACCUGUAAUGUCGGCUUCGAGUUCUGAGCCGCCUCCCUUUUUCCUUGGGAAAUAUAUUUUUCCACCUGUUGCUUACUGACGCUGUUUGCACGCUGGGCCCAGUCAGGAGCCAGGCGGGGUAGGACGCGGAGGCCUGUGCAGCUGAGGGCACGUCACUAGCACAUGUCUUGGGGACUGUCCCCAAGUGUGGAAAGCCAUGGAUCCUAUGGAUUUGGUUUCUUCCCGCAGUUUUCUGUAGGGUUAGGGCGGCUGGCACUCUGCUCUCUGUCCCCAAAACAGGUUAGCACUUGGGGCUUGGGGUGCAGACCUGGGGGCAUCGGCCUGAGCAGAGGGGCCGAGGGGCCCCCAGUAGCACGCACUCCCCACCGCCCCCGCCCAGCGGUGCUCGGCGCUCAGGGGCCAUUGCACACGCGCCGCGGGGCUUCCAGUCAGUGGUUUAGUAGGUUUCUAGGAAGAGUCAGACUUCUAGCGUUUUCAACCCAAACAAUGCUGAGUGCCUAGGCUUCCGGAAUCUGCUCUGGCCUCCAGAGUGUUUUGUACAAACGCCUCCCUGGGGAGCCCGAUGAUGGGUGUGGCCCUGGGCUUCUGUUCCGGGGGUGGAGGUGCUCAUUAUCCCCCCAUUCCCAGCCUGCUUGUGGGGCCGCCAUGCCGGCCUCAGCCCCUGGGGCCCCCUGGAGGGGGAGCUGCAUCCAGUGCUCCAGGCCCAGCGCCAGGCAAGGUGGGGACGGACACUCGCUGCAGGGCUGUCCGCGGGCCAUCCAUAGUGGGACUCACGAGGAAGACCAGGAGGGGAUUCCCUGCAGGCCACCCCGCCAGCCCUGGGGCCUGCUGAAGACCCUUCUCUGGGGUCCCCACCACGGGGGAGGGCCCCUCUCUCUUUGAAGGGAACUGGGCUCUGUCUGUCCUUCCACCCGCCAACUGCCCGGAGCCCACCUCAGCGGGCCUCGCCCCCACGUCAAGCUACUGAGGUUGUCGUCUGUUUUCUUUCUGUCACAUUUACGUUGGAUGUUGUCACAGGCUUACUGGGUUCAGUGUGCUGUUUACUUUCUUGUUGGUGUCCGCACUUCUUGUUUAAGCGCAUCUUGACCGAGUUGCAAGUCCUGUUAGGCAUGGCCGCCCAGCCUGUCCCCAGGCCACACCAGCUUGGAGGACACGAGGCUGUGUCUUGCCCUUGGGGCCCUUAUCACAGUCAGCAUGCCCGCUCCCCGUCCAGCUCCUGUGCUGCCCGCAGUACAGGGGAGUGUCGUUUCAGAGCCAUACAGACAAGCCGUGAGUAGCCCCAGAGCUGCCCCCAGCCCCCGCACUGCCUCCGCACAUUAGGACGCGGGCUGGGAGGAGGCUCUGGGACAUCUGUGCUGGCAGGGCCCCAGGCCCCGGGCCAGGGAGGGUCUGCCAUCCUCACAGGCACCUCGCCACGCCGGCCGCUCCUCCCCUGCAGCCCCUGCAGCUGGGGUUCCUGGGAGGGCAGGUACGAGGUGAUUUUUCUCAUUGGUGCUCAGAGGCAGCGUGGGGCGGGCAUCUGAGUCCUACUUUGUAUGUUGUUUUGCAAGUACCUGCCUGGUGCUUGGAUUUAAAAUAAAACUUUUUCAUAAUUCA